GGAGGAGCAUGAGAACAGGGAGCGGUCAGACUCCAUUUUCCCUCGAAUGAGCAAUAGGAAGGAAAGUGAGCAGACUGAUGAUGAGUGGUCCUGAGGAGGAAGAGGACAGAGCAGAGUCUCCAGGGUUCAGCUGUGUGUCUCUGAAGAGUGACUGGUCUAAAGAUUUUCCUCUAAACUUCAGUAAAGAACCUGGACCCUCACACACAGAAGGUCAGGACCACAGACUGAGAGCAGAGUCUCCAGGGUCCAGCUGUGUGUCUCUGAAGAGUGACUGGUCUAAAGAUUUUCCUCUAAACUUCAGUAAAGAACCUGGACCCUCACACACAGAAGGUCAGGACCACAGACUGAGAGCAGAGUCUCCAGGGUCCAGCUGUCUGUCUCUGAAGAGUGACUGGUCUAAAGAUUUUCCUCUAAACUUCAGUAAAGAACCUGGACCCUCACAAACAGAGGAGAGGAAGAGGAGUCAUGUUUCUCAGGAGGAGCAGUCGUCCUGCUGUGCUUCGUGUCAGGACGUCCUGAAGGAUCCAGUCUCCACCAGCUGUGGACACUGGUUCUGCAGACAGUGCAUCACCUCAUACUGGGACCAGUCUGGUUCUUCAGGAGGCUCCUCCUGUCCCCAGUGUGGACAAAGAUCCAGAACAGGAGCUGGAGCAGAUUGUGGUCUGCAGGAGGUUUUAGAUGAACAUACGCUCAGUUUGAGGAGGAGAUGUGAACAUGUGACUGAAGGAAGUGAUGAAACAGGAAGUAGAACCCUCCUCAACAGGAUCUACACUGAGCUCUACAUCACAGACGGACAGAGUGAAGAGAUUAAUACUCAACAUGAGGUGAGGCAGCUUGAGACGGCUUCCAAGAUGAAGAUCCUCCACGAUACUCCCAUCAAGGUCCACGACAUCUUCAAAGCCUCCACUGACCAGCAGAGCAGCAUCAGAGUCGUCCUGACCAACGGAGUCGCUGGCGUUGGAAAAACCUUCUUGGUGCAGAAGUUCACUCUGGACUGGGCAGAGGGUUUAGAGAACCAGGAUGUGGGUCUGCUGGCUGUGCUUUCGUUCAGGGAGCUGAACCUGGUGAAGGACCAGCAGCACAGUCUUCUCACGCUGCUCCAUGUUUUCCAUCCAGCGUUACAGAAGCUCACGGCAGAGACGCUCGCUGUCUGUAAACCUUUGUUCAUCUUUGACGGCCUGGAUGAAAGCAGACCUUCUCUGGACUUCAACCACAGGGAGCUUGUGUCUGAGGUCACACAGAGGUCAUCAGUCAACGUGCUGCUGACAAACCUCAUCCGGGGGAAUCUGCUUCCCUCGGCUCUCGUCUGGAUAACCUCCAGACCUGCGGCGGCCAAUCAGAUCCCUCCUGCAUGUGUUGACAGGGUCACAGAAGUACGAGGCUUCACUGACGCCCAGAAGGAGGAGUACUUCAGUAGGAGAUUCAGAGAUGAAGAGCUGUGCAGCAGAAUCAUCUCACACAUCAAGACGUCCAGGAGCCUCUACAUCAUGUGUCAAAUCCCAGUCUUCUGCUGGAUCAGUGCUACAGUUCUGGAGCACAUGUUGACCACAGACCAGAGAGGAGAGCUGCCCAAGACCCUGACUGACCUGUACUCACACUUCCUGCUGGUUCAGACAAAGAGGAAGAACAACAAGUACGGUGAGGGACAUGAGACGAGUCCACAGCAGCUGACGGAGGCUGACAGGGACGUUCUCCUGAAGCUGGGGAGGCUGGCACUUAAACAUCUGGAGGAAGGAAACGUCAUGUUCUAUCAAGAAGACCUGGAGCAGUGUGGUCUUAAUGUCACCGAGGCCUCAGUGUACUCAGGAGUUUGUACUGAGAUCUUCAGAAGAGAGUGUGUGAUCUUCCAGAAAUCAGUCUACUGCUUUGUUCAUCUGAGCGUUCAGGAGUUUCUGGCUGCAGUCUACAUGUUCCACUGUUACGACAAGAGGAACACAAAAGAACUCAACAACAUUUUGGGAACAUAUGGCAACAAAGACAGUACCUUCUCCCUGGAUGACCUCCUGAAGAGAACCAUGGAGAAAUCCCUCACCAGUACAAAUGGUCAUCUGGACCUGUUUGUUCGCUUCCUUCACGGCCUCAGUCUGGAGUCCAACCAGAGAGUCUUAGGAGGCCUGCUGGGUCGGACAGAGAACAAUCCAGAGAUCAUCCAGAGAGUCAUCAACAACCUGAAGAAGAUGAAGAGUGAUGACAUUUCUCCCGACAGAAGCAUCAACAUCUUCCACUGUCUGAUUGAAAUGAACGACCACUCAGUUCAUCAGCAGAUGAAACAGUUCCUGACGUCAGAGAACACAUCGAAGGAGGAACUCUCUGAGAUCCACUGCUCAGCUCUGGCCUACAUGCUGCAGAUGUCAGAGGAGGUUCUGGAUGAGUUGGACCUGAAGAAGUUCAACACAUCAUACCAGGGUCGACUGAGACUGAUCCCAGCUGUGAGGAACUGCAGGAAGGCUCGACUCGGUGAUUGUCGACUCUCAGAGACUCACUGUGAAGUCGUGGCCUCAGCUCUGAAGUCAGACCCCUCACACCUGAGAGAACUGGAUCUGAGUCACAACGAGCUGCAGGACUCAGGAGUGAAGCUGCUGUGUUCUGGACUGGAGAGUCCAAACUGUCGACUGGAGACUCUGACGUUGAAGGGCUGCAGUCUGUCACAGAUCAGGUGUUCUUCUCUGGCUUCAGCUCUGAGGUCAAACCCCUCUCAUCUCAGAGAACUGGAUCUGACUGACAACGACCUGCAGGACUCAGGAGUGAAGGAGCUGUGUGGUUUUCUACAGAGUCCAACCUGUCGACUGGAGACACUGAGGUUGGGGGACUGCAGUCUGUCAGAGAUCAGCUGUUCUUCUCUGGCUUCAGCUCUGAGGUCAAACCCCUCUCAUCUAAGAGAAAUGGAUCUGAGUAAUAACAACGACCUGCAGGACUCAGGAGUGAAGGAGCUGUGUGGUUUUCUACAGAGUCCAACCUGUCGACUGGAGACUCUGAGGUUGAUUCUCUGCAGACUGACAGAGAUCAGCUGUUCUUCUCUGGCUUCAGCUCUGAGGUCAAACCCCUCUCAUCUCAGAGAACUGGAUCUGAGUAACAACGACCUGCAGGAAUCAGAACUGAAGGAGCUGCAUGAUCUAAAGCAGAGUCCAACCUGUCAACUGCAGACUCUGAGUUGGUGGGGGUUCUCUUAGGGAAGGAGAGUGUGAAGAGGACAGUGUGUGUGGACGGAGGCUGAGCUGUGUCCUGAGGAUCCAGAGGCUGAAGCAGCAGCAGCUUGUGUGUAGAGCGGCUCUGACUGGGCCUUGUUGCUGGGAGGCAGAGUGGAGACAGAGCUCCAGAGGAAUCAGAGGAGGUGAGCUGCUCUGAGAUCAGCUGUCACACAGUGUCCAGUCCACCAUCCUCCCUGUGUGUUCCUGUGGAUGUGACACAGCAUCACCACUGGAUCUGCUGCUGCUCUGUCCUUUGACACACAAAAGUGUACAUAACUUGGAAAUAUUUCCAAGUUAUGUGAAGAACAUUUAAAAAUAAGUUAAUGCAAAUUUUACUUUCAAAUGUAAAAAGUGACAUUAUAUUUACAGGUCGGUACGUGAAGCUGUGAGCGGUUGCUGUUAUAAAUAAAUAUCUGCUGAGUUCAGACAAGCUUCUUAUAUUUUAAACAGUUUCACUCUGAUCCUUCUGACGGCAGCGUGUUAGCAUGUUGUGUUGAAAACUAAAGACAUCAGGUGAAAACCAUGAGCACUGCAAGGAAUCAGAAAGUGUAAAGUCAUGUUAUCUGAACACAGAUUGAUGAGACCAGGCUGUAAAUAAGAUGCUCAGUACAUUGAAGUAUUAAGUCAACAGUGAUUUCUAAGAGUCGAUGUAAAUAAAGAAGAAAAGAAAAUGACGAGGUGAAGAACUUUUUCAGAAGAAUCAUUUUUAUAAAGUCUCUGAUCGUACUUCACACACAGACCUCACUACGUCCAGGACGUGAUGUCAUCACUUGUAACUGUCGGAUGUCAAAAUGUUGUGUAAACUCCGACAGGACAUUAUAAUGAUUUAUCAAUGAUUAUUGAUUAUUUUGAGUAUGAUCUCAUUCAGGUUAAGUUCAUCAGAACAAACUGUUUAUACGUCAGUGUCUUAAUCCAAUUAUUGUCUUAAUCUGGUUGAUACCAGUGUAUUGUAUCCAUGGAAAGGUCAAGCGGUGAUUGGUUUGUGAGCGACAUGUCGUCACAUGGAGGAGGCGGGGUUUAUGACCUAUACUGCAGCCGUCCACCAGGGGGCGAUGCAGAACCUUUGUUUUCAUCUUUAUUUACAGUCUAAAUGUUAACGAUUGUUUUUCAUUGUGUUUUAUUGAAUGACGUCAGAUAAGAUCUUCUCUGUAAAGUCGCAGGUGAUGGAUCUGACCUGAGUUUGAGUUUCUCACUUUCCAUGUUUCACUGUUUAACGGUAGAAGGUCGAAAAUCUCAGCUUCAAAUGAUUUAAUUCAACUGCUGCAGGAAAACCACGAAAUCCAGUUUGAUCAUCACAGAAACGUCUCAGCUUGUUUUAUUCACUUGUAAAAUCUUGUGUCUACUUUGUUUACAUUAAUCAUUUCUUUAUUUUUACAUGAAAAUAAACAGUUUCCACUUCAUUAAAGUUUAAAUUCUCUGACAUCACAUGACUCACUGAGGAGGCUGUGGAGGCGUCUUGUCUUGAGGGUGAAGGGGCGAACACACAUUUACACGAUGGAUCAGACACAUGGCACCGUUUGGUAAAUGAGGCCCGACACUUAUUGUGUAGUGUCACUGUGUCGUGUCACCUCUUUUUACAACGAUGUCUUUUUAAUGUUGAAAUGAGUUGUUCCAUUCUGUCCUGAAUAAAGAAUCCCAUUAAUUCAUUAAUCAAAGAUUCUCAUACAUUCUCUGUGUUUGACUUACGGAUGAAGUUCUCACUAAAGUGUAAAAAUUCUGGUGAAGAUCAGGUGAUAUG